UCCACUGCCACAUUUUUCAGUGUCAGUGUUAGUGUGUGAGUCACUCAGUUCACCAUUAACGAGUUAACUUCUCUUCUUCUGUUGUGUUCUCGUUUUAGCAAGAUGACGAUGAAAAAGUCCGUUGUGUGUGCAGUGGUGCUUGUGGCACUCCUUCUGAUCGAUGUGGGACCUCUGGCUCAGGCUGUUACUUGCUCCGCAGUCCAGUUAGCACCGUGUGCUCCGGCAAUCACUUCCGCCAGUCGACCCUCACCUGUUUGCUGUACGAAGCUGAAGGAGCAAAAACCAUGCUUAUGUGGUUACCUCAAAGACCCCAACCUUAAGCAGUAUGUCAAUUCUCCUAAUGCCAAAAAGGUCCUUAGUGCUUGUGGGGUUACCUACCCAAGUUGCUAAAUACGCACACAAAUUUAAUAACACGCUUUAAUUUAUACUCAUGCUUUGUGUGUAUAAAUUAAGCUUGCUCUACGUUUCUGUCGUAUUAUACGUUGCUGUCUUUGGAUGUGUUGUAAGAGUUCUACAGCUGAAUAUGGUGUAUACACUAUUAGUAUACAUGUUGUAUUCACCAGGGAAUCAUCUAUAUCUGUCUUCACACCUAUAAAUAAAGAACUACUGAUGUUCAGAGUGGCAUA